AUGCUGCUUCCAGUUCGGCUCAAAACAAGCAAGCCGCAUGCCUUGAGUGCCGACGAAGCAAACAAGCGGACGGGCUUGGAAAAGGCGAUAUUUCAGGUCGAACAGGCACUCAAGCGCUCCAGGGAUGGCUCGACCGGCCUUGCUCUCGACGUGGAAGCGGAUCUGCGACAAUUGAUAUCUGCUCCUCAAACAGCACCUCUACGCCGUCAUUCAACCUCAAACGCCCACAGUGCUAAUGGCGUUUCACCUAAUGCCCACGAAGUAUCUCCUGCGAACAUGGGCGAGAAGCCAGAUGAGCUUGCGCUCAACAACGCAGACAAUCCCUUACAACUCCUCGCCAUGGCUUCUGUUCUUCCGGGCCAGUCUCCAUCGACAAACAUGUCAACUUCCCCGGCCGGCACACUUGCGCACCAGACAUCGGUGGAGUCUGAUCUGGCUGAUGCCGACUUACAGCAGUUCUUUGGGUCGCUAAUGUCAAACUUGGACAAUACCCCGGAACUUGACCCUAUCGAAUUAGGCCUAGUAACGUCAGAGGAGGCGGACACCCUCUUCGCAUUCUUCUACGAGCGAUUGUCUCACACGAGGUGGGGCCUAGAUCCGACACUGCACACUUCCGCAUUCGUGCGUUCCAGAUCAGCAUUUUUGUUUACCUCCAUCUUGGCUGCAUCCGCUCUUUUCUUACCCAAAGCAGAGGCGCUGUCCAAGCGGCUGUCUCACCAUAGAAGUCAUCUGGUACGGACCGUCAUCUACAACAAGUAUAGGUCGGUCGAGAUUGUCCUCGCUUUCAUGGUCAACAUUCCCUGGAUGACACCUGCAAAGCAUUGGGCAGACGAUGAGACUUGUAAAUAUUUGUCGGCAGCGCUCACACUGGCAUUGGACCUCUCACUCAACAAGAUUGUGGUCCCAUCUCCCACCAUUCGGCCCGCUGGAUUCCUCGAUCGAAUGGCAAAGGCCGACUGUAUCGAUGCGACUAAAGCCCUUCAGAUCGAUGGCUUCCCAAAUGUCGACCCCUCAUCAGCUUGGGGUCGUCGAUUACUCCGGACCCGAGAGCGGGUUUAUCUUGCGUUGUUCGUUCUUGAUCGAGGUGUCUGCUUGGCGAGAGGACGACCGUACGCUGUACCUAUCGGGCCCUUGGUGGAAAGUUGUGACACUUGGCAUAUCUCCGAUAUCGCGGACAGAUGGGACGGCAGUGUAAUCUCUGCUGCUGUCUUGAGACGCGAUCUGGUGGGGCUAAUCGCCGGUGUUCGCGAGUUCUGUGACGGAAGUCAGGGUAUCAAUGGCGGUUCGACUGCUGUCAAAUUUCUCAAAGACAAGAUCGACCGGUUUUUUGAGCAGUGGUUUGCCGUGUGGUCUAGACAAAUUACCCAAGGUGACGGCCAGCUACCACCCUAUGUCGAGAUCCUAGCCUCGCACACAAAAUUGUCCACAUACUGUAAUGUUGUCAAUCAUCCAACAGCAUCGAACGACGUCAAGCAAUUCUUCCGAGCCGCAGGCCUCGCCUCAGCAAUGAACGUGAUGCGGGCAGCGGUACAAGGUGAAAACAGGCUCAAAUCUAUGCCCAACAAUACUGUCAUCAUGGUAUCAUUUGCGGCAUGCUUUGCGUUGGCCCUGGGUGCCACUGCCCUCGGAAGUAGGGCCAUGUUGGCUCCGAACGCUAGAUCUCUCAUAGAAGAGACCACUCAGGUGCUUGAGCGCAUCGGCAGCACACCAAAACACCGCAACGGGCUCUCAGUCCUCUUCGCAAGGCAUAUUCGCCGGAUUCUACAAAGCUCGCUCCUUCACCCAGCAGAAGGGAAUCCGGGCAAUACCAUGGCCGGGUCGGAACAAGCCAUGCAUCAAGACAAUCCGAACGUUGAGUACUCAUCAUCGUCCAACGCCCCAGUCAACUUGCCAAAUGCGUCUUCAGAACCCUAUGUCUUUGACAUGACCGAUGACCAAAUACUGGAGGCAAUCAAUAAUGCCAGUGCGUCCCAAGAUCUUUUCCAACUUGACGAGACCAUGUUUGUGGAUUGGUUGGAUUGGCCCAAUGUCACUUGA